CUCCAUUUCCAAACAAACGAUUAUUUAAAAAAUAAAUACCUAAAUUAUGGCCCAAAAUGGACAAGAAACCCCCCAACAAAACCAGUCAAAUUACUCAAAAGUCCUUAUUGUAGGCGCUGGCAUGGCCGGUCUAAGUGCUGCCUAUCAUUUAACCAAAAACAAUUUCACCGAUUUCAAAGUUCUAGAAGCAAGGGGGCGCGUUGGGGGGCGAAUAGUACAAAUUCCUGUGGGCCCCGAGAGGGUGGAAUUAGGUGCCAAUUGGAUUCACGGGGUGUUAGGUAAUCCUGUUUACGAAUUGGCAAUGCAACACGGGUUGGUUGAUAUAAUGGCCGUACCCAAACAGCAUAAGGUUGUAGCAGCUACUGAACAAGGCAAGCAAGUGCCUUUUGCAGUUCUACAAGAAAUUUAUGAGGCUUAUUUGUGUUUCCUCAAGCGGUGUGAAGAGUAUUUCAUAUCCCAAUAUGAACCACCUGAUGGAAUUGACAGUGUUGGCGAACACAUUAAACUAGAAAUUAACUUGUAUUUGGACAAAGUAAAAGAUCCUGCUGAAUAUCGUUUAAAAGAACUCCUAUUUGAUUGCCUACUGAAAAGGGAAACUUGUAUAUCAGGUUGUGAUAAUAUGAACGAAAUUGACUUGUUGGAAAUUGGCAGUUAUACCGAAUUACAAGGCGGUAAUAUUACUUUGCCUAAAGGGUACAGUGCAAUUUUAGAACCUCUGGAAAGGGUCAUACCACAGGGGAAUUUACUUAGGAAACAUCCUGUUAAGGUUAUCAAGUGGAAUUGCAGGAAAAAAGUACAGAAACUAGAUAAAUCUGGUUCAGAUUCAGACUCAGACGACUCAGAUAGAACAGUGAUAGAAGACUUAAAUAACACUCCAAGUUCUAGUAGAGAGUCUUCAGAAGAAAAAACCCCCCCAGCAUCUUCUGAUUACAAAGUAGAAAUAGUAUGUGAAAAUAACCAAAGAUUCUACGGUGAUCAUGUGAUAUGUACCAUACCUUUAGGAGUAUUAAAGCAUAAAGCUAAUAGUCUUUUCAAACCACCACUGCCCGAGUACAAAUUGGAGGCCAUCGAUAGGUUACUGUUUGGUACUGUUGACAAAAUACUUUUAGAAUAUGAAAGGCCAUUUCUACACCCCAGUAUUACAGAAGUUUUGCUACUUUGGGAAGAACACCCAAAUGACGACAUAAGCAAAAAUUGGUAUAGAAAAAUUUAUUCGUUUAGCAAAAUUUCAGAAACUUUAAUAUUAGGAUGGAUAUCUGGCAAGGAAGCUGAAUACAUGGAAACUUUAGACAACAAUAUAAUUAUAGAAAAUUGUACAAUGAUUUUGAGGAAGUUUUUAAACGAUCCUUUCAUACCAAAACCAAAAAGCUGUGUAUGUACCAGUUGGCAUAAGCAAGAAUACACUAGAGGAUCUUAUACUGCAAUUGCUGUAGGAGCUUCACAAAUUGAUAUUGAAUGUUUAGCACAGCCAUUGUAUUUGGAUGAAAGUGAAACAAAGCCAGUAUUAUUAUUUGCUGGCGAACACACUCAUAGUAAUUUUUAUUCGACCGUACAUGGAGCCUAUUUAACAGGCCGAACUGCUGCACAAAUCAUCCUAAACAGCGACUGUCCUCAAGAAAUUAGUGUCGAUUGCGAUGAUGAGACUGAUUUGAGUUCUUGGAUACAAGGGAUUAAUUUAGGAUGAUUGGGAUUACUAGGCAAAGUGAUUUUCAUUAGGUGCUAAUUCACUUGCACUGAAAAUUGUUAUAAAAACACAAAAAUGAAGAUAUUUUAGAUGUAUUACCUAAGUGUAGAAAAGGCUAUGCGCAUUUUAUUGUAUUUGUUUGUUAAAUUUGUGAUCUGUUUCUUACCAUCACCCUCUAGAUUAUGAAGUAAUUUUUAUAUAAUAUGCUUGAAGCUAGUCAGUUUUUG